ACAAUUCCACUAUCUUUCCACCAAGAAAGGCACCUUCCCUUCAAUCACUCUCUUUUUCCUCUUUAACCCUUAUUACUCUGUGUGUGUGUGUGUGUUUUCCCCAAUUCUCCCACUCCAUAACCACUCUUUUCCAUUGAACAACAAAAACAUAGCCCUCUUUACAGUCAACUCUUUACCCAUCUUCUGUCCCUUUGUUUUGUCCCUUUUGUCUUAUUUUGAAUGUGAAGAACAAUUGCUGAAAGUUUGAACCAGAAAGAAUGUUAGGGUUGAUGAAGAACUGCUAGUGAAAAUUUGUACUCCUUGCCUUAUAUUUGGAGAAAAAAAAGUGGGUUAAUUGGUGUUUUUGGAGAAAAGGGGAGAAAAAUUACCUCACUGCUUUGAGUUGAGUGGAAGUGAAAGUGUGAUAAUGGUGAGGAAACAUGGAUGGCAGCUACCAGCACACACCUUUCAGGUUGUUGCUAUAACUGUAUUUUGCUUGUUAGUAGUCGCAUUUUAUGCUUUCUUCUCCCCUUUCCUCGGAGGGCGCAUUUGGGAGUAUGCUUCAAUCGCAGUUUAUUCACCAGUGGCAUUGCUUGUUUUUAUUCUUUAUGUUCGGAGUACUGCAAUCAAUCCUGCAGAUCCAGGCAUUAUGUAUAAGUUUGAUUCUGGACGAAUGAAUAACACCAACUCAAAUCAUGGGUUGUCUGCAAGAGAUCUUCCUGGGAAAUUUGAUGAACAUAGUAAUGAUGCACGUUCUUCUCUGUCGUCAGCUUCAAGAAGUUCCAUUGGCGCUGCUAACGCUAUCAAAAAAGGUCAACUAGAAGCAGGGAGAUUAGAUAAGCAAGUGGUUUCUUUGAAUAGAAAGUCUUGUUGUUGUAGGAUUGGAGGAGUCUUUUGCUUUUUAUUUGUACAUGAGGAUUGCCGCAAAACAGAUGGAGCUGCUGAGGAGGAAGUGGCAGGUGAAGAUGCUCUGUUUUGCACAUUGUGCAAUGCUGAGGUGCGCAAGUUCAGUAAACAUUGUCGAAGCUGUGAUAAAUGUGUGGAUGGAUUUGAUCACCAUUGUCGGUGGCUCAACAACUGUGUUGGGAGGAAAAACUAUGUUACCUUUAUAUCACUGAUGGCCACCAGCUUGGUCUGGCUUGUUACUGAAGCUGGAGUUGGAAUUGCUGUUAUGGUACGAUGCUUUGUACACAAAAAGAAUAUGGAAGCUGAAAUAGUUGAUAGACUAGGGAAUGGUUUUUCCCUGGCUCCAUUUGCAACUGUUGUGGCUGUAUGUACAGCAGUUUCAUUACUUGCUUGUGUUCCUUUAGGCGAGCUUUUCUUUUUCCACAUGAUACUGAUAAGAAAGGGCAUUACAACGUACGAGUACGUCGUAGCUAUGAGGGCCAUGAGCGAGGCACCGGCGGGAGCAUCUGUAGAUGAAGAAAUGCCAAACAUUGUAUACUCUCCAUCAGGGUCAGCUACAACUGGCUUCAGCGGUGGAAGUUCUUUGGGCCUGCAAUACAAAGGAGCAUGGUGCACCCCUCCUAGGGUGUUUGUUGAUUAUCAGGAAGAAGUUGCACCUCAGUUAGAGCCUGGAAUGGUCCCAUCAACAGUUGAUCCGGAUGCAGCUGGUUUUGUUGAAAAGGGAAACAAGGGACCUAAGCGGCCUGUUAAGAUCAGUGCAUGGAAACUUGCAAAAUUGGAUUCCAGUGAAGCCAUGAGAGCUGCAGCAAAAGCUAGAGCAUCCUCAUCUGUUCUACGCCCUAUAGAUAACCGUCGUUUUGAUCCUGAAUUGAGCUCCAGUGAGAACAUGAGUGUCAGAAGCAGUAUCAGUGCUGAUACCGGAGGAAAUAGGGACAUGAGAAAUGAAUUGAGGAAUUCACUUGCUCCUACUCAAGGUAGCCGGGACGAGUAUGAAACUGGAACUCACAGUGUCAGUAGCUUUAGCAGUCCGAGCCAUGUGCAUGAAUCAGUCACACUAAGCCCUCUCCCACAAGCUCACAGCUUAGGCCAUCUCAGUGCUGCCAUUGUCCCGGAGAGGGCCCGAACUUCUCGGGCUGCACUCCCUAAUCAUAACCACCAAGUCUUACAUUCUUCAGAAUUUGAUGAGAAGAUCGUGCAGAGGAAUAGUACAACCGAUCCGUUAUUGCUUUCAGCUCCUGCCCCUGCAGCUUCUCUGCUCAGAGAUGUUAAACGAACAUCUGUUGUUUGGGACCAAGAAGCUGGAAGGUAUGUGUCUGUUCCGGUAUCAGCUUCAGAUGCUCGUACAAGGCCGUCCAUGCAAGGAGGAUCAUCAAAUCCUAAUGCUGUAUCUGCUAGUAAUGACAAGAGGCCAGCCCCUCUCCCUCGAGAACCUUCACAGCCUCCUGCAAAGCCUCCAGUCGAGCAGUCAGAAAAGCUAACAUAUACUGGAGAGUCAAUAUUCUUUGGUGGUCCACUUUUGCGCGGUCCAAUUAAGGAUGGACUGAGAAAUGAGAGGGGCUCUGGUUCCAGAGAUGGCCAAGAGAGGCUGCUGUUUAAUUUGCCUCGUGAGUCCAGGUUCAAAAGGGAUACUGCCUCCCAUCAACUUCCCGUGUUCAUUCCUGGUGAUUUCGAGUCAAAUAAGUAAAACUUCCGGGACUAGUGAUGAAUGUUCACUUUGUGUUUGCCCUUGCAUAGCAAGGGUUGAACAGAAGAAACCCCUCGAGCUAUAGCUGGUUUUGGCAUUCCAGGAACCUUGCAGUCUGUUGCAGCCACUGUACAUUCUGAGGUUCCGUCGGUUUCUUCUCGACGGAUUGUCUAACUUAACACGGCAGAAAAAUGAAUGUAGUGUUGAGGAGAUGCACUCCUAGUUCCCUCUCUGAACCUUUUGUAUGUAGAGCUGAACUUGAAUGGUAGAGUUAGCUUCUUGUAGCAAUUUUGCAAUGAGAAUUCUCAGACUUCAUUACCUUUUUCCUUUUGCCCGAAAUCAGACUAUUACCUGCAUGGUGCAAUUUGGUUCUUUUUUUAUGCCAUAUUUAUAUUACCUGCGCGGUG